AUUGACGGCAACGGAAAUGGCAGUUCUGAAAUUCAAUCGGGUGGACAGAAGGCGGCAGGCGCAGGCCUUAUUCGCGGCCAGUGGUUGCGGUGUGGUGUUUUGCACACCCGACCCGGGCGCCCACGUCGCGCGCCAAGAAGAUUGCCGCGGAAGAGACAAGAGCAGGGGCGGAGCCGCCCCGCCCCGCACUCUCCCGCGUUGUUUGGGGUCAGGGCACGCGCGGCCUUCCAUAGCAGGAGCCCGCCGCCCGCUGUGUGGCAUUGCGCCACGGCCGCCCGCCCAGCAAAGGCGUGGCCCCCGGCCCACUAUUUGGUCUCGUCUGGUGGCCCGCGGGCCUGCGUGUAAGUUCGCCGGCGAUGGAAGUUGGCGGCGGGUGGGGCCGGCCCCCACGCAUGAGCCGAACCUCUCCCGCACUCACUCCGUGUGGAGCAGCUUGCGUGGCGUUGCUCUUUCGCGGGCCCGCUGCAAAUCUUUCGCGCCGGUUCCCGCCAAGCCCCCCGCCCACUCUAAGCGUGGCAGCGGGCGUCUGUGCGUGCGCAGUAUGCACCCGGCCCGCCGCCGCGCGGCGGCAGGCGGGGCCUUGGGGCCCCCCCCGCUCCCCCGCCUCCCGGCGCGCCUUUUAUUUGUAGCUAGGCUGCCUGCGCGGCCCGCCGCCUCCGUGCGCAGGGGCCGGGUGCCUUGUGCCUGCGCAGGCCCGCGCCUGUUAUUUGUGGCCCCAUUCGGUGGGGCCCGCCAGACUUCGGCGGCUGACAUGAAAGGCCCCGGGCCCCCGGGGUUUAUCUCUGUUCUGUUUGCACCGCUGCGCCGCCGAAAAAGACGAACUCGGGUGGCCGCGCGCCCUGCGCGUUGUUGGCGCCGCAGGCUUUUAGGCUUACUACGUACUGGCCCCCGGGCGGCGCCGGGAGUGAAGUGGGGCAUGGCGCGUCGCCGCCCCCGUCUGAUGUAUAUAUUGCCGCCCGUGGCCUCGCGCAAGGUCACUGGAAAUUUCUUUUUGCAAUUUACCAGCAAGGGCGCGCCGUGUGGCCACAAUCUGUGGCAUGUCGCAGCGGAUCUACCCGCCCCCGGGAGGAAAAUUUGGUUUGUGGUGGUGUUCGCCGAGAAGAAGCUAGUAGAAAAACAAAAUCGCUCCAGCACUUUGCUUUCUUGCUCCUGCAUGCAUGGACUGCUAACGCACGCCCAAACUCGGCUUCCUGCCCCUUCGGUGCCAUGUGAUGCGCUCUUCUUGGUUGGUUUUUCGCAGUCGUUUACGCUCUGGCACUGGCUACUUUUUGUUUUAUUGCGGGCUGACUGUCAUAGUCAUACGAAAUAA